AUGAACAAGACGACGUCAGUGCCGCGGAAGCCGGGCGACUGGGACUGCCCCAACGCAGCCUGCGCCGAAAUCAACUUCGGGUCGCGCGUGGCGUGCCGCAAGUGCGCCGUCCCCAGGCCUCAGGCUGCCGCAACCAACGCCACGACCAACGCCAUGUCGGUACCGCGCAAGCCGGGCGACUGGGACUGCCCCAACGCAGCCUGCGCCGAGGUCAACUUCGGGUCGCGUACGGCCUGCCGCAAGUGCGCCACGCCGAGGCCCGAGGGCCUGGGCUUCAAUGCCACCAACGGCGGCGGACGGGGCAGGGGCCGUGGCGGCGGCGGCAUGGCGGUGGCGCUACACACGGGCAACGGGACCCACGUGACUAUGGUGUACCUCCAGUCGCUCGAGACCAAGGCGGCGUCGCUCGCGUCGCCCGGGUCUGACUCCAGGGACGCGCGGCGGCUGGUGAAGGAGGCGGCCACCGCCGAGGCCCAGCGCUGGGCGCAGGACUACUGGACCACCACCGUCGCCGAGCAGGACGACGAUGAAGAAGGCGGCGUCAGCACCACCACGCCGGGCCUGGUGCGCCUGGAGGUGGGGACCCAUGUGGGGCGCCAGCAGCAUCCACGUCACUGGAGCCCUCGCUGGGGCACCACGGCGCACAUCAACCUGAAGGGCAGCCCUGCGUCAAUCCUCAACUCCCACGUCGACCUCUUCAACGGCUGGGUCCUCCUCUGA